CGAGUAAAGGGGCGCUGCAGGCAGCAGCCGCCCCCGCCCCGCGCUCUCCGGCUCCCCCCACCUCCUCUUGGGCUUCAGGGUGUGUGCGAGGCACGCUGGCCUCUCACUUGCGGGCCUCUCCUCUUCUCUCCCUGUGGUGUUCUGGUUCUGAAUUCAUCCAGGGUCCAGGAUGACAAUCCGGCACCAAGGCCAGCAGUACAGGCCGAGGAUGGCAUUUCUCCAGAAGAUUGAAGCGCUAGUGAAGGACAUGCAGAGCCCGGAGACGGGGGUCCGAAUGCAGAACCAGAAGAUCCUGGUCACCAGCAUCCCUCACGCCAUGACAGGAAGUGAUGUUCUGCAGUGGCUUGUCCAGCGGCUCUGGAUCUCCAGUCUGGAGGCGCAGAACUUGGGCAACUUCAUCGUCAAGUACGGCUACAUUUACCCCCUGCAGGACCCCAAGAAUCUCAUUCUCAAGCCCGAUGGCAGCCUCUACCGAUUCCAGACGCCGUAUUUCUGGCCAACCCAGCAGUGGCCAGCUGAAGAUACAGACUAUGCCAUCUAUCUGACCAAGCGAAAUAUCAAGAAGAAAGGGGUUUUAGAAGAACACGAAAAGGAAAACUACGAUUUCUUGAACAAAAAAAUCAACUACAAGUGGGACUUUGUCAUUAUGCAGGCCAAAGAGCAGUACAGGACCGGGAAGGAAAGGAAUAAAGCAGACAGGUAUGCCCUGGACUGCCAGGAGAAGGCGUACUGGCUGGUCCACCGAAGCCCUCCAGGAAUGAACAACGUGCUGGACUAUGGCCUGGACCGAGUGACCAAUCCGAAUGAAGUUCAGGUAAACCAGAAACAAACAAUCACUGCUGUCAAAAAAGAGAUCAUGUAUUACCAACAGGCCUUAAUGAGGUCCACAGUGAAGUCUUCGGUGUCCCUUGGAGGGAUCGUCAAAUACAGUGAGCAGUUUUCGUCCAAUGACGCCAUCAUGUCAGGCUGCCUCCCUAGCAAUCCUUGGAUAACAGAUGACACCCAGUUCUGGGAUUUAAAUGCCAAAUUGGUGGAAAUCCCAACCAAGAUGCGUGUGGAACGGUGGGCCAUCAACUUCAGUGAAUUGAUUCGAGACCCCAAGGGGCGCCAGAGCUUCCAGUACUUUCUCAAGAAAGAAUUCAGUGGAGAGAAUCUGGGAUUCUGGGAAGCCUGCGAGGAUCUGAAGUACGGAGAUCAGUCCAAGGUCAAGGAGAAAGCGGAGGAGAUUUACAAGCUAUUCCUGGCCCCAGGUGCGAGGCGGUGGAUCAACAUUGAUGGCAAAACCAUGGACAUCACGGUCAAGGGGCUGCGGCACCCCCACCGCUACGUGCUGGACGCUGCGCAGACCCACAUUUACAUGCUCAUGAAGAAGGAUUCUUAUGCUCGCUAUUUGAAAUCUCCCAUCUAUAAGGAAAUGCUGGCCAAAGCUAUUGAACCUCAGGAAACCACCAAGAGAAGCUCCAGCCUCCCAUUUAUGCGGCGUCACCUGCGCUCCAGCCCGAGCCCCGUCAUCCUGAGGCAGCUGGAGGAGGAAGCCAAAGCUCGGGAAGCAGCCAACACGGUGGACAUCACCCAGCCUGGCCAGCACACUGCUCCCAGCCCCCACCUGGCCGUGUACACGGGGACUUGCGUGCCCCCCUCUCCUUCCAGCCCCUUCUCCUCCUCCUGCCGCUCCCCCAGGAAGCCCUUCCCCUCGCCAGGCCGCUUCAUGCGGAGGCCCAGCAGCACCGUCUGCCCCUCGCCCAUCACGGUGGCUGUGGAAGGCUCGGAGCAGAAGGGCGAGGCCGGUGGGUCCAGUGCCGGCCCAGGACCCUCCAAUGCAGACACCAGCGAGGCCUCCGCCGACUGCCCCUGGCCCCGGCCCCCGCCCAGGGCCCCUCUCAAGGCCCGCAUGGCUGUGUCCUUCAGCAGUUUUCUGAGACGAGGCUGUUUGGCCUCCCCCGUCUUUGCCAGGCUCUCGCCCAAGUGCCCCCCUGUGUCCCAUGGGAAGGUGCAGCCCCUAGGGGAUGUGGGUCAGCAGCUGCCACGGCUGAAAUCCAGGAGAGUGACAAACUUUUUCCAGAUCAAAAUGGAUGUGCCUGUGGAGCGUGGCACCUACCUGAUGGACGCGGAGGACACGGGGCCAGGAGCCUCGGGCGACCAGGCCAUCAAGAAGGAGGUCAUCUGCCCCUGGGAGAGCCUGGCCUAGGGCAGAGCUGGCCGAGUCAGGGGCCUGGGACCAGCAGGUGCUCCCGGCAGACUCUGCUGGGUGAGGCAAGGGGACGUGCUCUCGAACCUCAGUG